GAAGGAGGCGGCAACCGAGGGGUGACCAUCGGUACCGUAUCGUACCGGCACUAUACCGGAACCAGAGCAUCAGAGGGGACUCAGUAUUCGGACACAAGAAGCCAGAGCCCAGCAGGAGCAGCACACACCGGAGGGGUGCAGCUGGAAGGCUGUCAGACUGAUAGGAGUAGUCUGGACAGGGCUGUGGGUUGGGCUGAGAUAAAGGUCACUAGGAAAAGGCUUAAUUUUGAUCAGGGUGCUGGUUUGGGGAGAAGGAACCUGUGGUUUGGGGUUUAGUACAUGGAAAAGGGGGGCCUCUAGAGAUUUGGGGGUCAAGGUGUGACUUGGGGGGCAGGAGAGGAGAGACAGACUUUACAUAUAUAGAGAGAGAGAGGAGAAUACAAAGAGAAAGAGGGACAGAGACAGACACUGAAGCAGAUUCUAGACAGCAGAGAGAGAGAGAGAAAGUAAAGAGAGGAGGAAAAUCAGAGAGAAGAGACUUAACUACAGAUCAGAGAAUGAGAGACAUACACAGGGAGCACUAAGAGACAGGGACAUAGAACAGAGCAAGAGAACAUAGACAAAGAGAGACAGGGAAAAGAGACAGGGAAAAAAGAGACAGGGCAACUAAGAGAGACAAAAGGAAAAACAGAGAGAACAGAGACGGGCAGGAGAGAGAGAGGGAUAAAGAGAAAAACAGAGCUAGAGAGAGAUAAAAACGAGAGAUCGCUGCGAAAAUAGGACAGCGAUACCAGGUGACAGUAAAAGGUUGAUAAGGAGGAAUAGAAAAAGGAGAACACAGUGACAGAGAAAGCAGGAGAGAAGAGAAGAAAGAAGGGGGAGAAGGAAUAGAGGAAAAAGAGAGGUACGGGUAAGAGCGAUAGAGGAGAGUAUCAGAGAGGUACCUGUCGGUGUGAGGUACACGAAGUGAAAGGCGUUCACACCUGGGGAGACCUUAAAGUCCAGAUCCAAAUGCUUUGCUUGUUGUAGCUGCGACAGCCUGGCGACUCGCUCCCCUCCUGCUUGCCUCCGGAACUCCCCGACAUUCUCCUUCCCCCAAAUAUUUGGGAACUUCCCGGGAACACUCUGGCGCCCAGAAUGUCCAGAAAGAAAAGCCAGAAGGGUAAGGGCAGUAACCCGCCUGCUCCCUGCACCUUUCCUACCCCUAAAGUGGAUGGCAAGAUGGCCAGUGACUGCCACCCAAAUGGCACGGUGAUGCCCGGACGCCCGUCCCUCAGCAGCAGCGGAGAGUUCUAUGACAUCGCUUUCAAGGUCAUGCUCGUCGGUGACUCCGGAGUGGGAAAAACCUGCCUGCUCGUGAGAUUUAAAGAUGGAGCGUUCCUCGCCGGCAGCUUCAUCUCAACGGUCGGCAUCGACUUUCGGAACAAAGUUUUGAAUGUGGAUGGCAUUAAAGUCAAGCUACAGAUUUGGGACACUGCCGGCCAGGAGCGAUUCCGCAGCGUGACUCACGCCUACUACCGGGACGCUCAUGCCCUGCUCUUACUGUAUGAUAUAACAAAUAAAACAUCAUUUGACAAUAUCCAGGCCUGGUUAACAGAGAUUCACGAAUAUGCGCAGAAAGACGUGGUUAUCAUGCUUCUAGGAAACAAGGUGGACUCUACUCACGAGCGAGUGGUGAAGAUGGAAGAUGGGGAGAGGUUGGCUAAAGAAUACGGUGUGCCAUUUAUGGAAACCAGUGCCAAGAACGGGCUGAACGUGGAGUUGGCUUUCACAGCUAUCGCAAAGGAACUGAAGCACCGGUCUAUGAGGCUACCCAACGAACCCAAAUUCAAACUCCAUGACUACGUAAAAAAAGAAGUAAAAGGGUCAGGGUGCUGCAAAUCCUGAUUUCUCUGACUCCGAUGGAGAAGCAGGGACCUGGAAUUCUGUACAAAGACUGACGAGUACAUUCAGCAUCUGCCGCGGUGGUCUGCCUCUGAAACGGCCCACCGCGCACAGCCUCUAUCCCAGUGGAGAUCAUCUCUUGUCUGUGCAUGUCUGUGUUUGUAAGUCUGUGAGGGUAGAAAUCCGACGUGUUGAGCAAAAGGACAUGUAAAUCCGGCUUGGACCAUAGGUCCGAAAACGCACAGCUGUUGAUAUAUCUCGUUGCCGUGGUGUUUAAAU